AGUUAGGAGUGGAUUGUAUAUAAUUUCGACAUCCUCUUUCCGAUUCCAAAACCCAUUUUUCAAUAUUUGGUACGAAUUCCGAGAUAUCGGGUGUUAACUUCGGUCUAUAUCCACAAUUUUAAGACUAAAUAAAUAUUGUUUUGCUCCAUACGCCACUGUUUGGCGUAUAGACCGCCAUUUUCAUACGAAAAUUGAAAACAAAUUAAUCACUAUUGUUUUGCUCCACUGCCAUAACAAAAACGGAGAUCAAAGCAUACAUAACAAGCUUACAGCUUUGACAGUUUUUGUAUACAUAUAAAAUAUGUGUUAGUCUGGUAACACCAUCUUAUAAAUUUAGUGAAAAUUUUGUACAUAAACAUCAACAAGUCAUAAAUAAUUUGGGCGCUGAAGUAAAAAUGGAAUUUUCAUCACCACCACCGUUCUUGUCCGAAGAAAUUAUUCAGAUGUUUGAUGAAGAUUUAAUACCCAUAAAAUCACCAUCAGAAUAUGCAUUUAAAGAAGCAGAUCACGAAUGUCUUGCAAAUAGUACAAAUGAAGUCAGAUUUUUAACCUCAAUAUCCCCAAACGUUGAUAUAAGAUAUGAAGAACUGGAAGAAGGUUAUAGAAUCUCUUCACCCACUCCAAAGAAAAGGAGGAAAAAUCCUGAAUCAUGGAAAUGUAACAUACGAAAAAAGCUCAGAGAAUCGGGAAAGGAUUACAUUAACAUAAAUAAUACCAAAAUGCCAGCAAGAAAAAUUAAACCAGCGUGCUACAAUUGUUUUUUAAAAUGUGCAUAUAUUUUUUCUGAAGAAGAUCGUAUGAAUUUGCACCAAUCUUUUUGGAAUAUGUCUGAUGACGAAAAAAACAACUUUUAUAUUAAAUUUGUUGCCCGGCAUCCUGUAGUACGCCGUAGAACAUUAAAAUCAGCUAAAAAACAGUUUUCGUUUCUAUAUUACUUGGAAAAAGAUAAAAUAACCUACCGCGUAUGUCGAACUUUUUUUUUGAAUACAUUAAGCAUAAAUCAAAAGAGAAUAUAUUAUUGCUUUGAACACUUAAAUGAUGCCAGCACGGGAAUUCCUCAUCCACGAAAAAAAGGCAAGAAUAUUUAACGAGUGACACCUCCAAAAAAGUUAGCUGAAGUUCGAGAACACAUUUCAAGUUUUCCGGCCAUUGAUUCUCAUUAUUGUCGAGCAAAUUCUAAAAAAAAAAUAUAUUGACGGAAUUUUAAAUGUAAAUCGAAUGUACUCUCUAUAUCGUCAAAAAUAUGAAAACCCAAGGGAAACGCAUCUAUAUUUUAUUACAAAAGAAAAUUAAGUAUGUAUAACCUUACAGCUACUAUUAUUAUACCAAAUGUACCAAUAUUUACUUAUUGUGCUUUAUGGACCGAAGCUCAUAGUGGUCGAAGUGGCAAUGAUAUAGCUAGCGCACUAAUUAAAAUCUUAAAUCAGUUAGUAAAAAAUUUCCCUGGCAUUAAAACUAUAACAUUAUGGAGUGAUUCUUGCGUACCUCAAAACAAAAAUAGAAUAAAUACCACCGCAAUAAAAAUGUUCCUUAAACAAAAUAAUAUUGACAUGAUAGUACACAAAUUUUCGGAACCGGGGCAUUCAUUAAUACAGGAAGUGGAUUGUGUUCAUGGAGUAAUAGACAGAUAUUUAAAAAAUAUGGAGAUCCACAGCCCUCUCCAUCUCAUCAAACUACUUGAAAAUAUUCCUACUAACAAAACAAAAUUAAAAGUUUUAAGGAUGCUUCCAAAUGAUUUCUACUCCUAUUCGCUGGUUGCAAAUAAAAUGGAAUAUCGAAAUGUCCCAUUUUCUAAAAUUAAAGUUAUUUUAUAUCAAAAAACCGACAAAUUAAAUAUUCAAUUUAAAAAUU